AUGUCUGAUGUUUAUUUCUAUAAGUAUCUAGUCAAUCACCAAGUAUUCUUCAGGUCUAAGUAUACUUAUGCUUUGGUCAACAUUAAGCCGUUGGUACCGGGACAUGUACUUGUUGUACCAUUAAGAACGAGCAUUUUGAGGUUUGCAGAUUUGUCGGUCGAAGAAUCCCAGGAUUACAUGCUGACAUUGCAGCUUAUCCACAAAUUUAUAAUACAUUUAUACAAUGCCGACUCGUUGAAUAUAGCUAUUCAAGACGGGCCCGAAUCUGGACAAUCCAUACCUCAUCUACACACUCACCUAAUUCCUCGCUACAAGACCGAUGGGUUUGGAGACGGAAUAUAUGAAAAAUUAGAUAGGUUGGAUCUAAAUAAUACCUUAAUUGACUUUUUUGAAAGACAGCAAUCGUACCAGAAAACUGGUGGAUUUCAGCCUGUCCCAGAUGAAGGUAGGCUGCCCCGGUCAGAUGAAGUAUUAUCCAACGAAGCAAUUUGGCUUAAAGACGAACUCGAAAAGUAUAUGAAUCAAUGA